AUGAAAGAAGUCGCGUUAUCGGAGGUCGGAAGUCACAACACGGCUGGUGACUUCUGGACAGUGAUACAUGGCGCCGUUUACGACAUGUCCCGCUUUGCGCCAUUUCAUCCUGGCGGCCCGAUUAUCAUGUUGGCUGCAGGGACUGACUGCACAGUGAUGUUCGAGCAGUACCAUCUGCGCAGCCAGGCAGCCUUAGACAAAGUCGCAGGCUGCAAGGUCGCCGCUCUCAAGGGCAAGUCUCCCGCCAUGGGCCCCAUGUUCAUUGAGCUCCAACGUCGCGUUGCAGAAAGACUGAGCGGAGAACCAAAGCGGCCUCGCAGCGUGCAAGUUUUGUUCCUUCUGGAUGUGAUAGCAGCUGUGCUUGCGCUGUGA